AUGACCGCCAACAGGAUCGUCAAGGUGGGAAUAAUAGGCUGUGGUGAGAUAACGCAAGUGGCACACAUCUCAACAUUGGGCUUUCUCUCGGACUUUUUCACCAUCACAUAUCUGUGCGACGUGUCAGCCGAAUCUCUGAGACACAAUGCCCUAAAGGUCAUCAACCACAUCCCCAAAACCACACAGAAUCCGGCUGAGCUUUGUGCUGCACCAGAAGUCGAUUUGGUUUUCAUAGCAAGCUCUGAUGAGUACCACGCCAUCCACGUGAUCGAGGGAUUGAAGCAUGGCAAGCAUGUAUUUAUCGAGAAACCGAUGGCAUUGUGCAUGAGGGAUGCUGAUGCCAUAAUUGAAGCCGAAGAAAAAUCCAAAGGUAAAGUAAUGGUGGGCUACAUGCGUCGGUAUGCUGCAGCCUAUAUGGACAUGAUCAAGGAGAUUGGUGGGAUGGAUAAGAUUCUUUAUGCUCGAGUAAGAGCAGAUAUAAUCGGUCCCAACAGCCACUUUGUUGCGCAAUCAGGCACAUUCCCAAAGGUCUUUACAGACUUCACGCCUGAAGCCGUCCAGGACAGGAAUGACAAGGCGUCAGACCUCGUACAUCAAGCAUUGUCGGUCGAAUGCGGGUUGCCCGUUACCCCCGAGUCCACGAGAAUGUGGCGAUUGCUAGGCGGCCUAGGCUCUCAUGACUUGUCGGCGAUGAGAGAAGCGCUGGGAAUGCCAGAACAUGUCAUUGGAGCGUCCAUAAAUCUUCCAUUCUGGAGUGCGAUGUUGGAAUAUCCCACCUUUUCGGUGACUUACGAAUCUGGGGUUGACAAUAUCCCUCGCUUUGACGCCCAUAUUGAGGUCUACAGCAUGACAAAAUCCGUUCGGGUCAAAUAUGACACUCCGUAUAUUAAAGGUUUGCCGGUGACGAUGGUUGUCUGCGAAAAUGUCAACGGAGUAUAUAGGGAGUCCAUUGUCAAGAAGACCUAUGAAGACCCUUAUACCUUGGAAAUGAAGGAACUAUACAAGAUGGUUGCCCAUGGAACAGAAGUGAAGACAACAGCGAAGGAUGCAAAGAUGGAUGUGGAGAUAUUUCAAAUGAUCAUUAAGGCUGGAACACGAACCUAG